AUGUUGAAGAUAUGGUCUAUGAAACAACAGCAGCAGCAAGCUGAAAAUGCCGAAGGAGCUGCCGGUAAAAAGAAGAAGAAGGUCACCGCCGCUCAGCUGCGCGUGCAACGAGACCUGCAAGAACUCACCCUCGGAAGUACAAUGAAAAUGUCCUUCCCGAACCCAGACGACAUCCUAAACUUCACCCUCACUAUCGAGCCGGACGAGGGCAUGUACAAGGGCGGCGCUUUCCACUUCAACUUCACGGUCAACCAGAACUUCCCGCAUGAUCCUCCCAAGGUCAAGUGUACGCAGAAGAUAUACCAUCCGAAUAUUGAUCUCGAGGGAAAUGUGUGUCUGAACAUUUUGAGGGAGGAUUGGAAGCCCGUGUUGAAUUUGAAUGCGGUUAUUGUGGGGAUGCAGUUUCUCUUCCUCGAGCCGAAUGCUUCCGAUCCGCUGAACAAGGAGGCCGCCGACGAUCUGAGACAGAACCGGGAGGCGUUCAAGCGCAAUGUUAGGACAUCGAUGGGUGGUGGUAGUGUGAGGGGGAUACAGUAUGAGCGUGUUAUGCGGUGA